CGCUAGGUGGCGCUAAAGCAGCAGUCGAUGUAUUGAGAAUCAACGAAAAAGAAAGCGGGCACUAUGACGUUAGACGCUUUAGCGAUCGGCGGGCUUCGCGGAAGAAGCGGCGUGAAUUCGCUAUUAUUUUUCGGAAACUGCUCUUAGUGGUCUUUAUACAGUCAUGGCCUCAGACGAUAUUGCUCAGCUGACUGAUGCUCUGUCCAACACCCAUGUCGGGGAUGGAGAGUUGAGCUACAAAGGCCUGGGUCUGAAGCUGGACAGCGCACAAUCAGUGGAGGAGCUGGCUCGUGAGAUAGACCAGUACCAGGGACUGAGAGCUCUGUGCCUGGAGGGGAACACUGUGGGAGUGGAGGCAGCUCAGUCCAUCGCCAAGGUUCUGGAGAAGAAAAAACAGCUCCAGAGAUGCUACUGGAGCGACAUGUUCACUGGAAGACUGCGCUCUGAAAUCCCGACAGCCCUGAAGUUCUUGGGAAGUGCCUUAAUGAGCGCAGAAGCACGGCUGACAGAGUUGGACCUGAGCGAUAACGCCUUUGGGCCCGAUGGUGUGAAGGGAAUCGAGCAGCUGCUGAAGAGUCCUUCCUGCUACACCUUAAGGGAGCUGAGGCUCAACAACUGCGGCAUGGGAAUUGGAGGAGGAAAGAUUCUGGCUGAAGCUCUGUCUGAGUGCCAUAAAAAGUCAUUAGCCCUGGGAGCUCCACUCAAACUGAGAGUGUUUGUAGCUGGAAGGAACCGCCUGGAGAACGAAGGAGCCAGCGCCUUGGCCAAGGCUUUUGAGAUCAUGGGCAGCCUGGAGGAAGUCCACAUGCCCCAGAAUGGUAUCAACUACGUAGGUGUGAUGUCUUUGGCCUCAGCCAUGCGGCACAACCCAGAGCUCCGUGUGCUGAACUUGAAUGACAACACCUUUACCAAGAGGGGAACUCUGGCCAUGGCACAGACCUUAAAAUGCCUGAGGAAUGUAGAGGUGAUCAACUUCGGUGACUGUUUAGUCCGCAGUGAAGGAGCCAUCGCCCUCGCUGCUGCCUUGACAGAGGGUCUGCCGAUCCUCAAGGAGCUGAAUCUGUCAUAUGGUGAAAUCACUGAAGGGGCUGCUCUCAUGGUGGCUCAGGCUGUCAUGGCCAAACCUCACAUGGAGAAAGUGGAUUUGAAUGGCAACUGUCUGGGGGAGGACGGCUGUGAGGCUUUAAGAGAAGCCAUGGAGAACAUGGACAAAGAAGACAUGUUAGCAUCACUCAGUGAUGAUGAGGGAGAACCCGAUGAGGGGGAUGAUGAUGAUGAUGAUGAUGAUGAAGGUGAUUGCAGUGAUGAAUGUAGUGACCAUGACGACUGUGAAAUCGUAAAGGAAAAAGAAGACAGGAGGAAGGACAGUCCUCAGAGCUCAGCAGAGAUUGUGUCUUUCCUCAACUGCCCCACUGCAGAGAAGCUUGUUCAGUUGGCAAAGAUGAGGACAAAUCUCUACCAAGAGGUGGAAACUUCAGAUCCAAACAAAGCCGCCAGUGUUUUCCUGAAAGUUGCUUCUUUGUACAGUGAGGAGAGUGAGAUGAAGGCAGCUGUCCUAGACACUACUGAUGUGAUGCUGAAGCAUCUUCUCUCCGGCACCGUCCUCCAGUCUUACUGCUUCCUCUCUGCCCUGCUGGUCAAGAUGGGACUCCUCAAGGGAGAAGGGAAAGCGGAGCUGGUGCCACUGGCGUCCGGUCAGCUCUUAUGUUUGGAACAUGCUGUCCAGCAGGACUACUUCUCGCAGCACCAUGCCUCAUUGCUUCACACAUUCAUAUCCAAGAGCAGGGAGGCACUCAGGUCGUGCAGCGGUGCCAGAGAGAGGCUGAGCACAGCGCUGGAGAACAAGUGUCUCAAGCAACACUGAUAAGCCACCGCCGGGAGACACACGCUGUAAUGACAUGAAUGUGUCUAUUAACAAAACCAACAGGGAUUUUCUUUACACUUGAAUGAGGGACUUGGACAACCACUUGCUGUAUCUCCACUCCUGAUUUGUAUAUUUUAUGAAGGUGUGAUGAAGACUUGUGAAUGUCUUAAUUUUUAUUUUUUUACUAAUGCUUGUGACUUAUUUUUUUACAUGAAAUAUAGAUACAAAUAUCAGUCUGCCUAUUUGAUAACCUAAUACUUAAUGUGUAAAAGAUGAAGGAGAUUGUACCCAUGAGUGGAGCUCACAGUAGCUUGUGUCAGGAACCUACUACUUUGGUUUGCCUUCAGUUAUACAUUCUUCCAAGCUUAUGUAGCGUCUGUCAAAGAAUUGCAUCAAUUUUCCAUUGCAGCUGUGGAAAAGUCUGGAUAAAAUGGUUUUCACAUUUUGAUCAAUUUAGAAUUACAAUAAAUAAAGUAAAACAUUGUCAA